AUGAAUGAGGGAGAAGAGGUGCAGCCUGCAGGGCCUAACUUCAUGUGGACCGAAGCCUUGAACUCUUUACUCAUACAAUGCAUGGUGGAACUGACGCAAAGGCAUCAGGUGCACAAUGGUUCCUUUAAGAAUGGUUCAUUUAAUGAGCUGGAGAGGAUGAUUGAAGAGAAGGCUCCAGGAUGCGGAGUGAAGGUUGACCCAGCCAUUCGCUCCAGACACAAGAAGCUGAAGAAGGACUUUCAUGCAGUACACUUACCGCGUAAUCAGAGCAGUUGUGGGUGGAAAGUUGCAACAAGUACGCCAACACUAGAUGAUGAUGUGCUUGCAAAUUUUGUUAAGGUGCAUCCAAAUUCCGAGGAGUUAUGUGGGUUGAAGCCUGUGAUUUCCAAGGCACUGGAUGCUCUAGGCACAAUUUUAGGUGAACAUGAGGAAUAUACUGUUAAAGAGGCUACAUUGAUGUUAGAAAUUGGGAAAAUUCCAGGUCUAGAACGCGGCCAAGUCCUUGAUGUUGUUAUGGUCUUGGUUGAGAAUGAUAGAAAAACAAGACUCUUCUUCGCUCUCGAAAAUGAGGAGGAUCGAAAGUACUUCAUCCAGAACUUGCUUCGUUGA